AUGAUUGCUUUGCUGAUGUUACUUGACAAUUCACUUGAAGCCAGUUAUCGUAUGGUAUGGUCUCACGACAAAAGUCUUAAAUGGUGGACAGAGAUUGUUCCAAAGAUGGAUGACAAACAAUUUAAAGAAAAUUUUAGAUUGGAACGUUCCACAGUUUCAUUACUUAUUAAACAUGUUGGACCUUUAUUGAAAAAAAAUGAAACAAAAUUUCGAUCAGCAAUACCAGUGGAAAAAAGAAUUUGCUGUGCAUUAUAUAAUCUCGGAUCUGAAUCAGAAUUAAGAACUAUCGGACAUUUAUUUGGUAUCGGAAAAAGUACUGCAGGCGAGAUUUUACACGAAUUUUGUGCAACAGUUGUCGAUACGCUUUUCUAUCGACUUGUUAAAUUUCCUGCAUCGAAUGAAGAAAUAAAAAGAACUGUGGAUGGUUUUCUGGAUAAAUUUGAUUAUCCCAUGUGUCUCGGUGCACUAGAUGGUACUCAUAUUGGUAUUAAACCACCCCAGGGCUUAGAAUCAGAUUAUUACAACUACAAGAAAUUUCACUCUAUUAUAAUGCUAGCAACGGUGGACUCCAAUCUUUUAUUUACUUACGUGAACGUUGGUGCUCCAGGCCGUUGUAAUGAUGCUUAUGUUUAUUCCAAGUGCCAACUGUAUGAUGUUGUUCAAAAUGAUAUAUAUUCUCAAAAUUACAUGAAAGUUAACAAUAUAAAAGUUCAGACUCAUCUGAUUGCUGACUCGGCUUUUCCACUGGAUCGAACUUUGAUGAAACCAUAUACAAUUCAACCGGAUAUGCCAAAGGAAAAUGCAACAUUUAAUUACCGGCUGAGUCGAUGUAGAUCCACAGUUGAACGGGCAUUUGGAAUUCUAAAGAACCGAUUUCGUUGUUUAAAAAGAAAGAUGGAGUUUCAUAUGAAUAAUACUACUAAUAUUAUAAAAACACUUGUUGUUUUACAUAAUUUAUGUAUUAUCACUGGAGAUCAUCCUGAAGUUGAUUGGGAUAUACUUGGUCCUGAAACUAUUUAUAAAAAACCUUUAUAUAAAGCAUCAAAAAGUGGUGGAAACGACGUUCGAUAUGCACUAACACAAUAUUUUUUGAAAAAUCCAAUAUAA